GCGGAAGCGGCGGGGCCGGUGUUGCCGGGCGGAAGCGGCGGCGGUUGGCGUUUAAAGGCUCCGCGGCGGCAAAAGGGCGGCGAGUGGCGGCAGCGCGGGCCUGAGGGCUCCCGGUUUUCUCCGCUCCGCCUCGGGAGCGGCCGCACUUCCCAGCCCCGGCAACGCCCGGGCGGAGCGGGGAGAUGGUGUCCAGAGCUGCCGAUCGGCUGCUGAUCGUGGUCUCCGUGCUGGAAGGACGCUAUUUUCCAAAACGAUCCAAGCACAUGCUUGUAGUUGAAGCCAGGUUAGAUGGUGAGCAGUUGGCUACUGAUCCUGUGGAGCAUACUGAUCAGCCAGAAUUUGCUACAGAAUUGGCUUGGGAACUUGAUAGGAAAGCGCUUCAUCAGCACAGGCUGCAGCGUACACCUAUCAAACUCCAGUGUUUUGCACUGGAUCCUGUAUCUUCAGCUAARGAGAAUAUAGGCUACAUUGUACUCGACUUAAGGGCUGCACAGGAAAAGAAACAGGCACCUAAAUGGUAUGCUUUGCUUAGUAACAAGUACCCUAAGUUUAAACCUGAAAUACUAGUUGGUGUUUCAUUGGAGCCCGAUUCAAAAGCCCUGGUCGAUGAUUUUAAAGCAAAGGAGGCACCCCCUAGAGAAGGGAAGGUACUCACACUUUUUCCUGGGCUAGACCCUAAAAGUAUUGUGCCAGUCUUGAAUGAAGAAGAGGGSUAUCAUCAAAUUGGACCGGCAGAGUAUUGCAGAGAUCACUUUGUCUUGUCUGUAACCAUUGCAUUUGCCAGACAGUUGGAACAGUUAGUUCCUAGUACAAUGAAGCUUCCAGAUCGACAACCAGAGUUUUUUUUCUACUACUCAUUGCUGGGAAAUGAUGUCACAAACGAACCUUUCACUGAUUUAAUUAAUCCAAACUUCGAACCAGAGCGAGCUUCAGUUAGAAUACGUAGUACAGUAGAUGUUCUUCAAGUUUAUCUUCGUGCGCAGUCAAAAUUGCAGAUCCAUCUUUGCUGUGGGGACCACUCUCUUGGAAGCACUGAAAUACCCCUCUCUGGACUACUGAAGAAAGGAAAUGUGGAGAUUGAUCAGCACCCUGUGGCAAUAGAAGGACCAUUUGUCCUUGUUCCACCAAACAGAGCUAAACAGAAACUGCCACAACUGCCUUUGGAUCUGGCUCCUACUGUUGGUGUAUCUGUAAUUCUUCAAAGGGAGAACUUGACUGUCCAGCCUCUGAUUUCUUUGAAUGCUGCAACUGAACCCAAACAGCCACAGGAGAAAGUUCUUUCACCUSUUAGUGCAAAAACAGAGAGCCUGCAGCAGAGAUCCCAGAAUGUUCCAUCUCAAGCUGACCAGUGUUCUUCCAAAGAAGAUAUAGCAACAGAAAGUGAAGUGGAAAGUCUUAAGUUUGAAAAAGGCACAAAACCAAAGCAAAAGGGGCCGGUGGCUAACUGCCCUCAGGAUGUUAACAAACAGAGUUUUGAAGAGCUUCCAGCUUUGAAAUCACAGAGCAGAGCGAAGUCACCUCURUUAGAUCUGCAAAAUCCCACUGAUAAUGGUCCAGUAGCAAGAUCUCAGCCCAACCCCGUGGGUGUGUCCAGUACUUCUGAGCUUGUGUCAGCACAGAAAAUUGUCAUUCCAGCAGCUUCUCACCAUUUUUGCUUUUCAAUAGACUUAAGAAGUAUACGUGGUCUGGAAGUUGGUUUUCCAAUAAAUUGUAUUUUAAGGUACUCGUAUCCAUUUUUUGGCAGUGCAGCACCCAUUAUGACAAGUCCACCUGUAGAAGUCAGAAAGAACAUGGAAGUCUUUCUUCCRAAGUCAUAUUGUGCAUUUGACUUUGCAACUGUGCCUCAUCAGCUUCAGGAGACAUUCUUCAGAUUGCCUCUGCUGGUUGAAUUGUGGCACAAGGAUAAAACAGCCAAAGACUUACUUCUAGGGGUGGCAAGGCUUCAGCUUUCAAAUGUUUUGGCUUCAUUAAAAACCCGCUUCUUGGGCGGGAAUGGUGAACAAUGCUGGCGUCAGACUUGUAAUGAAACAGUCAGUGUCACAGCAGCACAAGGGUCAGGCAACAGAAUAGCAGAGCUUUCGUAUGCCAUCACCUUGGAAGACUAUGGACUUGUGAAAGUGCAAGAAAUUAUGGUGUCAGAUUCUUCUCAAGAUGUAGGUGCUGGUCCACAACGGCUUGUCCCUCAUACUCAGCCUCGCUGUGCCCCUGAGGACCAUCCAGAACCUCGAGAAACUCUGGAAUACAAAGCAGCACUCGAGUUAGAAAUGUGGAAGGAAAUGCAAGAGGACAUUUUUGAAAAUCAGCUUAAAAAGAAGGAAAUGGUCCAUAUGCAAGCACUUGCAGAGGAAUGGAAGAAAAGAGAUAGGGAGAGAGAGGCAUUAGUGAAGAAAAAGGUAGCAGAAUAUAAUAUUUUGGAAGAACAACUUCAGAAAACCCUGAGAGAUCUGGAUAAGCGAGAGCGACAGCUUUUUAGUGCUGAAUCAGAGCUUCAAAGAGUAAAGAAGGAGUUGCAAGCAGAACAUGAACGAAAUCUGCAGGUGCUUCAGGAUUCUGUGCGGCGAGCUAGAGAGGAAUGUGCGCACCAGCUUGAGCUAGAAAGGUCAAAAAUUAAACAACUGGAAGAAGACAAGCUUCGCUUACAUCAACAGCUUUAUGAGGCAGAAAAUAAGCAUAAGACUUUGGAGAAGGAGUUCCAGCAUUACAAAGAACAGCAAAGUAGCAAACCAGAAAUCCAGCUACAAUCGGAAAUAAAUCUUCUCACUUUAGAAAAGGUUGAACUUGAAAGAAAGUURGAGUCAGCUACCAAGUCAAAGCUCCACUACAAACAACAAUGGACAAGGGCUUUGAAAGAACUUGCAAGGUUGAAACAGCGUGAACAGGAAAAUGCAAUGGCUCACCUUAAAAAGCAGCAACAAGAGCUGGAGCACAUGAGGUUGCGCUAUUUGGCAGCAGAAGAAAAAGAGCUGGGGAAAACAGACCGACAAGAGCUGGAGGAUAUCAGAAAUGAACUUAACAGGCUAAAACAACAAGAAGAGGAGAGGAAGAAAUUGCAAGAURCUAAAGAUUCUUCUGGUGGUCGAAUGGAUAGUCUUCGCUGUAGAAAACUAAAUGAGAAUACAGAUGAUUACCUCUCUCGUCUGAUAGAAGAGAGGGAUACCCUGUUGAGAACAGGAGUCUAUAAUCAUGAAGACCAUAUUGUAAGUGAACUUGAUCGUCAAAUUAGAGAGGCUAUUGCAAAAAGGAACAUCASUGUUUAAAAGCAUGCAAAAAGUUUUUAGAAGGAGCCAAAAUCUGGAUAGAGUGACUUUUAUAAGCCUAUACUACUUUGCAAAAUAUGUAAUGUCAUGCUUUGUUUUGCACAUUAUAGUCAGCUCUCUUUGAAGUCAAUGUAAAUAUUUGCAAUGUGUCAAGUUAAGCACAGUUGUAAGUUUUAUGGGGGCAAUGACUGGUUUGUAAUGUUUUUGUACUCAUAUGUAUAUUUAUGUGUGAUGUGUGUGUGUGUGUGUGUGUGUGUGUGUGUAAAUAUAUUUAUCUUGUGUACUCUCUCCUGAAAUGUUUCCUACCUCUUUUUGCAUCACCCUGACUAGGUUUAUUUGUAAUAUUUUUAAUAUUGAUUCUAAGAUGUUUUUGGUCAAUAUUGUUAUGAUUUAAUUCAAUUUUUAAAAAUAUCUCUUCAGGUAUACUAGGCAAAAAAUGGCAUCAGCUGUUUUCCCUGACAGAACUCUUAUUCCUAAACUGAACUAAAGCACUGAUCAGAUGUUACUUUUUAACUAAAUGACAAGGUAAUACAUGUUUGCUUCUCUAACUGUAACUGAGUGUGAGGGGAUAAAAAUCAAACCUUAAACUGAAGCUGAACCAGUUAUUAACUAGCCUGAUUUUACAGCAUUGCCCUAGCAGUUUUGCACAUGUCCUGGUAACAAUGWACACAGGAGGAUGAAGACCUUAUACUUCUGAAUAAGGUCAUAUUCAGAAUAUAUAUUCAGUAGUAUUCUGAAUAUAUAUUCAGAAGUAUACAUGCAUUCUUACAUCAAUUCCUAAUGAGGAAAGAUACUUGAAGCCAUAAUUUGGUGGAUUUAUACACUUCAUAUUCUGAAAACAAACAUAAAACAAGAGCUAUUUUAGGUAAAGAUGUUUUCUUUAAUCAAGAUGUAACCCCUUUCAAGUUAGUUAACACGCAUUUCAAAACAUGUUAUCUCAUUACCACUUAAAUUGAAUGUAAAGUUUUGUUUGAUUUUGGAAGUACAAACAGCAUGCAAGGGAAAAAUCCACACUUAAUGUUAGUCUGUAAAAUCACAAUUGAGAACGCUUUGGUUUCCGGCUUUCAUUCUGUUUUUGUUAGAUUUGUGUACGUCUACCUAAUAACAUUAAUUUACAUCACUGUCAUUUCAAUAGGCAUUCUUGUCUGUCCUGUAGUUACAAGCAUUUCCUUUUAAGUGUCAAGUACAAAAAUCACCUCAGGAUUUUUUACUUUUAGAAUGAAUGAAGAUACCAUUGGAAAAAAUAGUGGUUUGGGGUUUUUUGCAUAAAAUCAGUGAAUUUUCACAGGGAGGGUUGUAWACAUGACUUCCCCUGUUUUGUGUGGUACUCAUUAUAAAAUGGAAGGAGGGGUAUAUUGUAUUUUAGUUUUCCUCCUUACCAUGACUGUACCUCCUGCUAAAUAAACUAUWAAUUUAGAAUGCUUAGAAAAAUUAUAAACAAGCUGUAUAAACAUUSAGAUCAUAUUUCCUGAGGAAUACUUGAAUACUUAUCAAUACCAGACUUCAUAAGAAAUUCUUUUGUAAUAUUUUGCACACUUAACUGUAGUUUUCUAGGUAGUGUGCUUAGAGAUUCCACUAGCAAAGAAAAUAUUGCCGUCCCAUAGAAAUCCAUGAAAUGCAAUUCUGCAAUAUUUUUUGCAUCGUGCUGUGUCAUAUCACUGAUGCAUGGCUAUAUGCAAUUAUUGUAAAUGAUGCAGGGUCCUUCUAUUUUGAUAGAAAAACUUGUUCAUGGCUUUUUUUCUUCAAAUGCUUCCUCACUUGUGUAGUUUCUUCUCCAAACACUGGAGGGUGCCUGAGACUUAAAUAUUUCAAAGACAGUGUUGACUAAAUUUUCAUAACUGGUUGUUUUUUUGAACUGGUAUUCUAUGACUUUUCAGAUGUACUAUUUUAUGAAAUAAAAGUUGAUUUUCAAGUAAAUAUUAAAGACUUUGCAUUUAUUUUUUAACUAUGUAUUUGAACAAAUAAUUYUGUUUACUCUUUCCUAUCUUUAGUGCUUGAGUCCAUAAAAUAAUAAACUUGUUAAUCAAAGUUAAUUUCACUUUAAAAUAUUUUUAAUAAUUAAUUUUUAAUUGAGUCUCUUCUGUGGCAUAUAAAAAAAUACAAUCAUGUUGCUGUGUGUUUUAAAAAGAAACUUGAGUUUUCUUUCUAGCAAGUCAGAGCACUGAGUAAAAUGAAACAUAGAAUGCUUGUUUGUUAAAAACAUUUAUAAACCUAAUAAUUUAAGCUAUUUGAGUUUAUUUAAUCUUUUGAAAGUUCACAGCUUAUGAGGUGCAAAGCAUUAAUUUUGUGAUUAUUAAAAAAAUUUACAUUUCUUUUUAGUUUUAUAGUCAUUGCUGUACUUUGUGAUCAUUGUUUGUAUUAAA